AAAAAGGAAAAAAAAUCCCCUGCUCUCUCGACCUGAGGGGUCCAAUUGCAAACAGCACGCGCCUUCUCCGGUUCGUGAGAUGUCAAGGAGUCGGCAAAGCAAGCGCAGCUAUCAGACUCCAUGACCACCUCUGUUACCUGCCAUUUUCAUCGCACACAAGGAUCACCAAAACCAAAUAAUAAAACAAAAAACAUGCAUCUUCUCUGUUUCUUCAAGCAAUUCCUUUUAUGCAGUCCUCCAUCAAUCCUCCCACCUGUAAACCUCAAUUUCUUCUUAAGUCCCAAAACCUGAGCUCUAAGAAAACUCCUCAACCACUGCCUAAACGACGUCUCAACUAUAUUACUACCCCGUUAAGUACAGCUUUCUAUUUCUUCCCCUCUGCCCCGGAUCUCGAGAGCCCCUGUUUUUCCUUUUCAUCGGCUAUUGGUUUCGGAAAUCGGGGUUUUCUGGUGCGACAAUGAGGAUUUCGACUUGGGUAUUCCUCCUUGUUCUUGUUUUUGGCUUUCUUUGGAGGAACGGUGUCGUGGGUAUUGAUCAAAAUCUGCGAACGGAGAGAAUUUCAGGAAGUGCUGGUGAUGUCUUGGAAGACAACCCAGUUGGAAGGCUGAAAGUUUUUGUGUAUGAUCUUCCGAGCAAAUAUAACAGGAAGAGACUGCAGAAAGACCCCAGAUGUCUCACACAUAUGUUUGCUGCUGAGAUCUUCAUGCAUCGAUUCCUCUUAUCCAGCCCCGUUCGGACACUCAAUCCUGAAGAAGCAGAUUGGUUUUAUAUCCCUGUAUACGCCACUUGUGAUCUUACACCCAGUGGCCUGCCAUUGCCUUUCAAAUCACCACGGAUGAUGAGGAGUGCAAUACAACUCAUUUCUUCUCAGUGGCCGUACUGGAAUCGAACAGAAGGGGCUGAUCAUUUCUUUGUUGUGCCCCAUGACUUCGGAGCCUGCUUCCAUUAUCAAGAAGAGAAAGCUAUUGAGCGGGGGAUUCUUCCAGUACUACAACGAGCUACCCUGGUUCAAACUUUUGGACAAAGGAAUCAUGUUUGCCUAAAUGAGGGCUCAAUUACAAUUCCUCCAUAUGCUCCCCCGCAAAAAAUGCAGGCCCACCUGAUUCCUCCGGACACUCCACGAUCCAUCUUUGUCUACUUUCGUGGCCUAUUUUACGAUGUUAAUAAUGACCCUGAAGGUGGAUAUUAUGCAAGAGGUGCAAGGGCAGCAGUUUGGGAGAACUUUAAGAACAACCCGCUCUUCGACAUCUCCACUGAGCACCCAACUACCUAUUAUGAAGACAUGCAAAGGGCUGUUUUCUGUUUAUGCCCUCUUGGGUGGGCCCCGUGGAGUCCUAGGCUGGUUGAAGGGGUGAUAUUUGGUUGCAUUCCUGUGAUCAUUGCGGAUGAUAUUGUCUUACCCUUUGCUGAUGCCAUACCUUGGGAAGAAAUUGGGGUGUUCGUAGCCGAGAAGGAUGUCCCUAACCUGGAUACAAUCCUUACAUCUAUACCGCCGGAAGUGAUCUUGAGGAAACAGAGACUGCUUGCAAAUCCAUCAAUGAAGCAGGCUAUGCUGUUUCCUCAACCUGCACAGCCAAGGGAUGCUUUUCAUCAGAUAUUGAAUGGGCUGGCUCGCAAGUUGCCACACGACAAGAAUAUUUACUUGAAGCCGGGUGAAAAAAUCUUGAAUUGGACUGCUGGACCAGUUGGGGACCUGAAACCUUGGUGAGGGUAGCAGCAUUUUUUGUAGUAUUGGAUUGUUGUAUUGUAUUUUCCAUUAUCCCCCUGCCCAAGUUGUAACGGAUGAUCAGAAUUGUAAAUCCUCGACUCUUUUGUUUAUAAAAUUGUUGACAUUGUUGGAAUAUGUACAUCAGUUUCGCCUGGGAUGUUGAUUUGUGGAUUGGACUAUACAUAGCAAGUUUAUAAAGUUGCUUCGGGUUUUUUUCCCGGAUGCGUGUGUUAUCUUA